ACGGAGGCUUGCUGGCCACCAUGUGGGACUGUGACUGGCUCAACAUGACAGGCCAGGCCGAGGAGCCGCCUGCCUGCCAGGACCUGCAGCUUGGGCUGUCCGUGCUGUCGUUGCUGUGCCUGGUGGCGGGUGUCCCCGUGGGCCUGUGCUACAACGCCCUGCUGGUGCUGGCCAACCUGCUCAGCAAGAGCAGCAUGACCAUGCCAGACGUGUACUUCGUCAACAUGGCUGUGGCGGGCCUGGUGCUUGGCGCCCUGGCUCCCGUGCACCUGCUCAGCCCCCCCGGCUCCAGGUGGGCCCUGUGGAGCGUGGGCCACGAGGUCCACAUUGCACUGCUGAUCCCAUUCAACGUGUCCUCCCUGGUGACCAUGUACUCCACUGCCCUACUCAGCCUCGACCACUACAUCGAGCGGGCACUGCCACGGACCUACAUGGCCAGCGUGUACAACACCCGGCACGUGUGCGGCUUUGUGUGGGGCGGGGCCUUGCUGACCAGCUUCUCCUCUCUGCUCUUCUACAUCUGCAGCCACGUGUCCUCCCGGGUCCUGGAGUGCGCCAAGAUGCAGAACACAGAGGCUGCCGAUGCCAUCCUGGUGUUCAUCGGCUACGCAGUGCCAGCGCUGGCCGCCCUGUAUGCACUGGUGCUCCUCGCAAGGAUCCGCAGGGAGGACACGCCCCUUGACCAGGACGCAGGGCGGCUGGAGCCAUCAGCGCAUCGGCUGCUGGUGGCCACUGUGUGCACACAGUUUGGGCUCUGGACGCCUCACUACCUGACGCUCCUGGGGCACACAGUCCUUGUGUCACAAGGGAAGCCCGUGGACACACACUACCUGGGGCUGGUGCACUUUGCAAAAGACGUAUCAAAGUUCUUGGCCUUCUCGAGCAGCUUUGUGAUGCCGCUUCUGUACCGCUACAUGAACAAAACCUUCCCCAGCAAGCUCCGGCGGCUCAUGAAGAAGAUGCACUGUGGGCACCGGCACUGUGCCCAGGACCACGCGGGGGUCCAGCAGGUGCUCACAUAGGUGGCAGUGCAGCCCAGCUCCCUUGGGAGUCAGUGAUGUUCUCAAGAUCCUGGUCCUUCCCACCCAGGAUAAGCGGAAGUCCCGAUGGAUGCAGAGCACUUUGUAACCGUGGACAUGCCGUGCCUCCCUCCCUAGAGAGAUGCACUGAUGUGAGGAUAGCACAGGGUAUUCCUGGAGUUUUCUGUGUCUUCCCCAAAAGGCCACUCUUGGGGAAAGGCCAUGGCCACAGCCAGAGGUGUCUGGCGGGAAGCACCAGCACGUUCCUGUCGACUCGCGCCUGUGUGCCUCCUACACACCUUUGUGGUCCCUGGUCCUCGGAAUGCGUCUGCCAUGGUUCGUUGCCACUGGGCUUCAACAUGAAGUGAUGAAAACCUAAUGCCAGUAUUUACACCUUGUUUGUUAUAUUGUUAAGACAUCUGAUCCCUCCUCGCUUUUUGUUUUAUAAGAUGUCUGAUAGAAAAAUGACAGGUAUUAAAAUGAAGGACACACUCAAAGAAACACUGACCUGUGGCCGGGCGCUGGUGGGGCCCUAUUGCGUGUGCCAUCAUGCCCACUCAAGCUCUUGUAACAGUUCCCAGAAAUGCCUGAGGCAUGGCUGGCUUAAACAGGAUAGUUCACUGGCACUGACGCUCUCUCCCUAGCCACCAAAUGUCCUUGACCCCUCUGCCCCCCCUCAGAUAACACCCACCGAAUUUUUCUCAGUGUGCAUCUGUCCUAAAUCAACUCCCCAAAGUGUGCACAAAACUAGAGUAUAAAUAAAUGAAGAAAGAAAAAUGC